GACAGAAGAAUGCAAGGUCUCCGCUGGCGUUACACGAGGCUGCCCAGCCAGAUGGAGGACACCAUGUCUGGGGAGGAGGGUGAGGAGGAGGAAGAGGAAGAGGAGACAGCCCCAGCCCCAGCUCCUGCCCCUGCCCCUGAAGACCCCGUGGAGCCCCAGCUGACAGAAGCCAGCCAGGUUCUCGGUGCCUCGGAGAUCAGGCAGCUUAGCCUCCACCUCCCGGCACGAGUCACCGGCCACCCCUGGAGUCUCGUUUUCUGUACGUCGAGGGACGGCUUUAGUCUGCGGAGCCUGUACCGGCAGAUGGAAGGCCACAGUGGGCCAGUGCUGCUGCUCCUGAGGGACCAGGAUGGGCAGAUGUUUGGCGCCUUCUCCUCCUCAGCCCUYCGACUCAGCAAGGGCUUCUACGGCACAGGCGAGACAUUCCUCUUCUCYUUCUCCCCACAGCUGAAGGUCUUUAAGUGGACAGGAAGCAACUCUUUCUUUGUGAAAGGAGACUUGGAUUCCCUGAUGAUGGGCAGUGGCAGYGGCCAGUUUGGGCUAUGGUUAGACGGAGACCUGUAUCACGGGGGAAGCCACCCCUGCGCGACCUUCAACAAUGAGGUGCUGGCCCGGCGCGAGCAGUUCUGCAUCAAGGAGCUGGAGGCCUGGGUUCUGAGCUGAUGCCCUGUGCCAGCAG